GCGAUCUUCUCGCAACGCGGAGCCGGCUCGCCCCGCGGGCGCUCUUUCAUGCGCGCCGCGCCGAAGCCCUUCCAGAACCAAAAGACGGCGGGGCGUUCGUCCUCUGGUUUGGCGUCCGUCUGCCGAACCAGUCCAGGGGGGCGCUUGCCGUGCCGGGCCAAUCCGCUCGCAGGCGCGCACACCGGUCCGGCGGUUGCGCCCGCGCCCAGGCCGGUCCUUCUUGUGGGGCUUUGGCCUGUUGGUGGUGGCCGAGGGGUCGUCUAGGUUCUCAAGGAAGUGGGUCCGCGCGUGAAGGGAGUGCGAUUGUGUUCACCCGGUGGGGCAACCAAGCAACAGCACCCCAUGAGAAAGCUCGAAGCGCCGGCGACGUCAUAUGUAGCGAGGCCAGGGGCAGCGGAAUGCGGGGAGAGAUCGGC